UGAAGUGAUAAACAUGUUGCAGGCGAGCUUGCACGAUUUCUCGCUGCUCCUGAUUCCAUACCAGCAUCCUUGCAAUGAAGUUUGGUCGCAAGAUCACGAACGACCUCUAUAAUGAAUGGCGGCCUUUCUAUAUCAACUACAAUCUGCUGAAGCGAGAGCUUAAGACGCGGACAACAUCACGUAAUUGGACGGAUGACGAUGAACAUGAGUUCACUCAAAUGCUGGAAAAAGAACUGGACAAAAUACAUACCUUCCAGAAGUCAAAGACUUCCGAACUUUCAACACGAAUUAAGAAUGCAGAGAAGGCCGUCAAACGGCUAGUCACAUCGGAUCAUAUGAACGGGCACCAUGCAGAUGCCAGCACGUCCACAUCGGAUCUUGAGGGGAGGCAGAGACAGCCCACCGUGGUGCAGGACGCAGGCUCAGACGACGACGACGACGAAGACGACACCGAUGAGGGUAGCGAAGCAAUGUCCGUGGACGCGCUGGAGGAUCAAUUCCUGGCCUUGGAAGAGGAAGUUGCUACACUCGUGGCAGACGUUCACGACCUUGCAUUGUAUACCAAACUCAACAUUACAGGAUUCAUGAAGAUUCUCAAGAAACAUGACAAACAAACCGGCUGCCCUCUAAAGCCCACAUUCAUCCAAGAAUAUCUCGAGAAGAGGCCGUUCUACAAAUACAACUGGGAUGGCCUCAUUGUGAAGCUAUCGAAACUGUAUGACUUAGUGCGUACUCGCGGGCACCCUGUGCAAGGUGAUGCUAGUGCUGGCGGUAGUCAGAGCGCAUUCGUGCGGCAGACGACCAAGUAUUGGGUGCACCCCGAUAACUUGGUGCAUUUGAAGUUGGCUAUAUUGCGGCAUCUGCCCGUACUUGUCUUCAAUUCUAACAAGGAGUUUGAGCCCAAAGAUGCCGCUAUCACGUCCAUCUACUUUGAUAAUGAAGACCUCGAACUUUAUCUUGGCCGCCUUGAGAAGACAGAAGGCGCUGAGGCUAUCCGCCUCCGCUGGUACGGAGAUAUCGGUACCAAGACAAUAUUCGUAGAGCGGAAAACACAUCGUGAGGAUUGGACAGGAGAGAAAUCCGUCAAGGCUCGUUUUCCGAUCAAGGAGCACCUCGUGAACGCGUUCCUGCGCGGCGAGUACACGAUGGACGAGGAGUUCCAGGAACUUGUCAAGAAAGGCAAGAAGAGCCAGCAGGAGGUAGAUGCGAUGACACAACUUGCGAACGAGGUGCAGUAUGCGAUUUUGACCAAGAAGCUCGUCCCAGUGAUGCGUACGUUCUACAAUCGGACGGCGUUUCAGCUACCUGGCGAUGCACGCGUGCGGAUAUCUCUCGACACGGAACUUACUAUGAUCCGGGAGGAUAAUUGGGAUGGCCGCAUCCGGUCUGGCGACAACUGGCGGAGAACGGACAUUGGACUCGACCAUCCGUUCCCACAGGUCCCUCCAGAGGACAAGGAGCUGUUCAAGUAUGGCGUGCUCGAAGUCAAAUUACAGACACAGUAUGGACAAGAGCCCCCACAAUGGGUUACUGAUCUUGUAUCGUCACAUCUUGUGGAAGCUGUGCCUAAGGUUAGGGAUUAUACUCCUUCUUUAGCGACCUUGCUCAUCAAAUUCAUCCAUGGAUGCGCGACCCUGCUGCCGAACCGAGUUGAUCUAGUCCCCUUCUGGCUACCGCAGAUGGAUACCGACAUCUUGAAGCCAGACACCGGUGCUCUCAUGAUUGAACGCCCUCCACAUAUUUCUCCGAAGGGAACGUCUGAGCGCUCAGCCGGAACGACUACGCCGGAAGAAGCGCGCACGGUGUAUGCUGAGCCUGUAUCGGAAGGAGAGGAAGAUGAGGAGAUGGCUCCUGCCAAGGACGAGGUUAAGCGCACUGGUCUAAACAGCGAGGAAGUGGCAGCUGCCAUCGCGUACCGAGAGAAAUCUAUCAAGCAACAAGACGAGGCAGAGCGCCGCGGGGCUCAGAGUCCAAGGCAGCCGGCGGUCCAGGCGCACGAUAUGGCUGCCCAUCACAAUGGCGGCGCGGGAGCUGAGACCGACGAAGAGGAAGGGGAAGUUGACGAACGCACACCAUUCCUGCGCGGUCGUACGACGUCAAAUAAGCCGACGACGGCUAUCGAACGCUCGCAGACGCGUACACUCUCCAUUGAUCCACUUGCGACGUCAUCUGUUUUCGACGAGACGUUGCGCGAUCGUCUGAGGAAAGAUGCCGAACGCCAGAAGCAGGCCGAGGAAGCUUCAGUCGAGGAAGAGGAAGAGGGUGGUAGAAUGGAAGGCACUUCAAGAUCGGCUCGGAGAUCGUCAAGGCAAGAAGACGAACGUGUGCUGGAGCGGCGCUGGGUUGCACCUCCCGGAAAGCGCAUAGCGGUUCCCGUGCGCAUCGAACCGAAGGUGUAUUUCGCUGCGGAGCGUACGUUCCUGAAAUGGCUCCACUUCGCGAUUGUCAUUGGCAUGAUCGCCACCACGUUGCUCAACUUCGUGCCUCCUGGAGACACUACGGGUCUCAUCAGCGCGGGGCUUUUUACGCUUGCUGCACUAGUCGCGAUCGCAUAUUCGGCAAUCAUUUUUGUCUAUCGGUCUCUGAGGCUGCGGAAGCACCGCGCGGAGGGUAUGUAUUAUGACAAGUACGGACCGACGGUGCUGUCGCUCUUCUUGCUGGGAGCGCUAGCGACGAAUAUCGCGCUGAGGCUGAGGGAGCUGUGAGUGUGAGCGGAUUGAUCAUUUUUCUCCUUUUCCAUCACGCAACUCCGGACUUCAUAUGUAGCACUUGUAGCUAUACAGCCACCUGGCUAAUGUUUAUCUAUACCACGUAGUCAUGGAUGCAUACGAUUUGUCCUUAAC